AUGCAGGCCACUAUAGUAUUGGAGACAGCAUCUGGUAAAGGCUACCACAGUGAUGGAGGCAACUUCCAGAAAGAUAAACCUUCGAAUCUUAAGAAAGAAAAUUUGUCAUUAUCCUCCAAUGGUUGUGAUGAAGUCAAAUUGACUUUUCCUGAUGAUGACUGGGAUUCUUCGACACUAGAGCAAAGUGCUAAUAAUAAAGAAAUUAGCAAUAUUGACAAAAUGGAUUUAUUAGAACCAUUUUUUUCAGUGAGUCAAGAUACUAACAGAGAGAGUACUCACUUUCAGUCGAGUGAACUUGAAGACAGUACUGACUAUGCUCUCUUGAAUGAAACAUAUUCUAUACAUUAUCCAGAGUCAGAACUAAAGAAGGAAAAUCAUACUCUUUUAAGUUCAGAAUUAGAUCCUGAAGUACAGAAAAAAGAGGAGAUGUUUUUUGAUAUUUUGGAAUAUCAAGAUAAGACUGUUGGCUUGGAAAGAAUCUGCAGUAUUUCAAAUACUAAUUAUAAAGAAACUACUGAAGAUACACAAAAGCAUGAUACAGAUGAAGACUCACAGCAGGAAUAUCACAGUGCAGAAGAACAAGAAUACAUAAGUAACCAUUUAUCUUUUGACCAAACAAAAACAUUAGGUAUAUGUAAUCUGGAAGUUGUUGAAUCAGGAAAUUCAGGUUAUGAAGUUAAAUGUGCUAGCAAUGGAGAAGAUAAUCAUGUUAACUUGGGAAGUGGUUCUAUCAUCUCUUUAGAUUCACGUGAUGUUUAUGGACAAGAAAAUUCACCUCAUGUCUCCAAAUUUCAGAAUUCUGUUAUUUUAAGGGAAUAUCAUGACCUAAAGCAUGAAAAGUAUAAGGAACAAGAGACUAGUUCAACGUGCCAUACAGUUUUUGAUGGCAGUGUACUAAGAAGCAAUUUUCCAGGAAACCAGGAAUCUCAACCUAAGAGUGGUUCCUUAAGCCCCCCAAAAGUAUUAAAAAUGAAAAUUUAUACUGAAAAAAUGAAAUCUCAAAUAAAUGAAAGUAAAGAUUUUUGUGGAAAUAAAAUUGUUGAGAACAAAAUAUUACAGCACCUUGAAAAUCCUAGCACAUUACCACAACAUAAAGCUUUAGAGACAUUACGCCAGCCCUGUAAAGAUCGUCAAACUUCCUGGCCCUCUGUUUUUGAUGAUUCAGUAAUUUCUUCCUGUGGAUAUUCACAUUAUAAAAGCCUGCAAAACACCGCUGACUCAGCCUUAGAUUUUUCUGUUACACUACCAAAGACUGCAGUCAGAGAUAAUCAGCCAAAAGAAGAUAAUAGUUCCCUAAAAGUUGCUAAUAGCAGUACCACAAAGAAAAUGUGCUUUCACAAUAUGGAAGGAAUGUGUACUAAAUCAAUGACAGAUGGAGCAAGUUGUACAGUCACAAUUAAUCAGACAGUUGACGUUAGCACUGAUUUUAGGGCUUGUUUCACAACCAGCAGGGCAACAAGUGCAAGACCUUCGGUAGUAUCUACAUCAAGCAACACAGAGGUAACAAUGAUGAAUAAAAAACAACCUGAUGAAUGGCAAAAUGAGAAACACAGAAGUGUGGCUUGUAGUACAGAUUGGUCAUACAGUGAAGAUUGUAUAGAUACACAGAUGGCUAUGGCAAAAGGAUCAGGAAAAUCUCCCUCGGUUGACAGUUUAAAACCUAAUGGAAAUUUUCUAAAUAAGGAUUUCCUGGAAUUAAGAAAAUCAGUUGAUAUCACAGACCUAAAGAAACAUCCUGAGAGGGAAGUUCAACUUUUUAAAGAUACGGAGAAGGAUUUGCCGUCAGUGUGCUGUCAGAAAAUAAUGCAGAGAGCCGUAAAAGCAGAGCUGCAACUUUUAAAUGUUCACUAUCAGAUAUGUCGUCGCCAUUGUUGUGAUAUUUACAAACUUGUAAUGGAAAAUAGGGAAGGAUUAAAUAGGAAUUUAUCAAGUAAUUCUGCUAAGAAGGAAUUGGGAUCCGUACUACUGUCUCUCUUGGGAGACUUAAAAGUUAAAUAUGUAAGUUUGAAAGAAAAAAUACACAAGGGCAUACCACUGGAAGAGCUGCCCCCACUGUCAGUAGAAUCAAAAUUAUUAUCUACCUUCUCUACUUUUGCUUCCAAGCUAAUGAAAAAAGAAACACAUAUCUUUUCAGAAGCAGAUGAUGAACUAGAUAAUCAAAGGGCUCAUGAUGUUGAUGUUUCUUCGAAACUGAAAAAGACUCUCUCUCAAAUGUCUUUAUCAUCUGACAAUAGUCAUGCUACACAAAGCAUAUCACCCAAGAAAGAUGUCUUAAAAAGUGGUGAUAUAAAUGCAGACUUUAGUCAACUGAAACUUGAUGAUAAAGACUGCAGACAUUACCAAGAAAUAAGUGAAGACUGGUUUGAUGCUAAAGAAAACCUGACAGGAGUCGACAUCUCAGGAACCCAAGAAAAUCAAAUUGAACAAGACAGAUGCAAUCUGGACCUUACACUAGAAAUGAAGAAUGUUGAACCCUCACGACGAAAUAAAGGUUAUCUGAUACAUGUUGGUGGCCUCUGCCCUUCAGUAUCUGAGGCUGAUUUAAGGUCUCAUUUCCAAAAAUACCAAGUUUCCGAAAUUUUUAUCUGUGAUUCUUCUAAUUACAGAUAUGCAUCUCUUGCUUUUACAAAGCACAGUGAUGCAAAGAUGGCUGUGAAAGAAAUGAAUGGGAUAGAAAUAAAUGGAAAAUCAGUAAAUGUGCGGCCUGUUAAAACUCCUGGAGAAUAUACGUCACCACUUUCCGCCAAAAAUGGGAAUAGAAUUAGCUCAAAUAAUUUGGAGAAAAGCACCAACAAAGAAAUCCACUCAGCCCUCUCCAUUUCUAGAUUGCCCAGAACUAGGCCACGGCAGCUGGGAUCUGAGCAAGACAGCGAGUGUUUCCUUUCCAACCAGGAGGUUAGUAAGAAUUGUAAGCAAAUUGAAUCUGCUAAAUUAUUGCCUGAUACACCUGUUCAGUUCAUACCUCCAAAUACAUUGAACCUUCGUAGCUUUACCAAGAUUAUGAAGAGAUUGGCUGAACUUCAUCCAGAAGUCAGCAGAGACCACAUUAUAAAUGCGCUUCAGGAAGUGAGAGUAAGACAUAAAGGUUUUCUGAAUGGCUUAUCUCUUAAUACUAUUGUGGAAAUGACUUCAUCUGUUCUGAAAAACUCUGCUCCCAGUUAG